CUGGCGGCGCCGACCCCCCGCGCGUCGCACAUGGAGCGCUGGGCCGAGGCGGCAGCGGACAGCGGCGCUUCAGUGGCUCGCUCAGCCGACCCCUCCCGCUCCUGCGCGCUGCUCCUCCAGGCCAGCGUGCGCGGUCACCAUGGCGUCCAGUGAGGAGGACGGCACCAAUGGCGCCUCUGAGGCCGGCGACGAGAAGGAAGCCACCGGCAAGCGGAGACGCCUAGGCUUCCUGGCUACCGCCUGGCUCACCUUCUACAAUAUCGCCAUGACCGCCGGGUGGUUGGUUCUAGCUAUUGCUAUGGUACGCUUUUAUAUGGAAAAAGGAACACACAGAGGUUUAUAUAAAAGCAUUCAGAAGACACUUAAAUUUUUCCAAACAUUUGCUUUGCUUGAGGUAAGUUUUUCAAUAUGUUGUUAGUCUACAAUGGUGUUUAUUUGCAAAAACUUAAGUUGAACAGUGCAUAUCCUAAUUUGCUAAUUAUGUAACACCUGUGGGCUUGUUUGCUACCACUGCUGAUGGUAUUUAAUGAUCAUAUUAUUGACUUGUGAUUUCUCAAUUUCCCUACAGGUUGUCCAUUGUCUGAUUGGAAUUGUGCCCACUUCUGUGCUUGUGACAGGGGUCCAAGUGAGUUCAAGAAUUUUCAUGGUAUGGCUCAUUACUCACAGUAUAAAACCCAUCCAGAACGAAGAGAGCGUGGUGCUUUUUCUGGUCUCCUGGACUGUGACUGAGAUCACUCGCUAUUCCUUCUACACAUUCAGUCUUCUCGACCACUUGCCGCACUUCAUUAAAUGGGCCAGAUAUAAUUUUUUUAUCAUCUUAUAUCCUGUUGGAGUUGCUGGGGAACUUCUCACAAUAUAUGCUGCCUUGCCUUACGUGAAGAAGUCAGGAAUGUUUUCAGUAAGGCUUCCUAACAAAUAUAAUGUCUCUUUUGACUACUACUAUUUUCUUCUCAUAACCAUGGCCUCAUAUAUACCAUUGUUUCCUCAACUCUAUUUUCAUAUGUUGCGUCAAAGAAGAAAGGUGCUUCAUGGCGAGGUGAUUGUAGAAAAGGACGAUUAAACGGCCCCACAAACAAGGUGCUUUUUCCAGAAAAACCGGAUUACUUGAGUCCAAGUUUUAAUAACGAGAAUAAACAACUUCAUGAAUACCAUGGACUGUAUUGUUUCUUGAAAUAUAAAGGAAGAUGUGGUGUUUUCCAGCCUUUGUCUUCAUUCUGUGCCACAUCUGUUUUUGACAACGGGUGAAUCAUUUGGAUAUAUUACCUGAGAAAAAAGAACUUUGUUAUCUUUACUAAUAUAUGUUACAACACAUGCUUAAGUCUUUUAAAAUCAAUAAGUCGAAAUUGGUUUCAUUUAACAUGAUACCUACCAAUGACAUUUAUAUUUCAUUUAUAAAAGAAAGCCAACACAAAACUGUAGCAAGUGAUUAAUAACGUAUUAGAGCCCCUGAUCCAUUGUUUCAAAUUCUAGGGUAACAAUUAAGAUUAAUAGCAAUAUCUGGAAGUGCGGACAUAACUUUCUAUGGUAAGAUCUUGGUGUAAAGUAGAAACAAAAAUAUCAGAGUAAAAAAUGCUGCAGUUGGAAAACCCUUUCCUUUGGUAGAGGAUUGGGGUUGCUGGAGACACAGUCAAGGCACUUGUACAUGCUGGGCAAGUGCCCUGUCACCAAGUAGCAUCCUUGGCUUCAGGAAAAUGUUCUUUGAAGAUUUAUCUAGACUGUAGACAUUAUUUGUUGAGCAAGCUAACUCUUACUUGCAUUGGUCACUCAAGGACAGCUUUCUCAAUCAUAAAAAUUUUAGGAGGUUAGGCAAACCACAGAUACUUACUUUGCCUACUGCUUAACAGACAUGUCCAAUCUUAUUGUUUCCAGAUUUUUAGUUGAGAAAGCUGCCUUGACCUGUGGAAGUGUCCUAUAAAACCAUGGUAUGAUAAUCCUGUGUGGUACAAAUCUGUUCUCUAAACAAUCGUUUUAUUCUGAAUUGCACUGGGGAGCAAAAAAAGUCUCCUGACAAAACCCCUGAGACCUCUUGUUUAAUGGAAGGACGUAUGGAGCAAACCUCACUCCUGCAUUAAUUAAAAAGGGUCUUUAGAGGUUUCGCUCCUAUGGUAAAAUAUACUGAUUGACUGGUUGUCAAUGGGAUAAGAAAAGGAGCCCUUUGCCUACUGUAGCUACUUAGACGCCAUUGUGGCUGUGUUUUGUCUUGUAUUUAUUUGCCGUCAUCGUCUACCACACUAUUCAGAUUGGCUUGUGUGGAACAGGCUCCUAUAGAAAAUUUUCAUAUAGUGAUUUGGAGUUCAGAACAAUUUUCAGAUUUGUAUCAAGGACUUGAUUUUCUUUAAAGGUGCUAUUUUUGUUACUCUGCAUUUUACGUUUCCUCUGCUACUUAUUAUUUGAAUGAGCACUGUGUAUUAGGUUACUCCUCAGUGCUGCUCCUCAUUCUGCUGUGACACUGCCUUGCCAGUUUUCAUCUUGAAUCUUAUGAUGAAGAGAUUUUUGGGGGGAACUUCCCCACUUUGGGUGAUGUAGUGUGAGAAAUUCACAUUUAUUAAAUGUCUGUCUUAGGAAAAUACCUUCAAACAUAUUCCUAAAGCAUGCAUUGUUUGAUCUUCACUCCCUCCAAGAAGCUAUAAUACUUCUCCACUUUUUGUUAUAGGCUAUCUUGAAAUAGGAAUUAUCACCAUACUUUAAUAAAUGUGUGUUCUUAAACUAUUUGGUGACUUAUGUGUGAGUUUUAGAUUUAGUUUGGUAUCCCCUAGAAUCACUCGAUUUUAAAUUGUUGAUUUGUGUAUCAAGUGCUAAGUGGUGGUUUGAUUUUAGGAGGAAAAAAAAAUUGAAACUCACUAUGCUGUGA